CAAACUGAAUAAGGUAUUUUUUGUACACUUGAUCAGCCAUGCGCUAAUUAUUUGUUUGUCUCAAGAUCUAUUGUUUCAAAGAAUGCUUAUUUAUCAAACAGAACACUUUUAUGUUCAAUCAAAAACGCAAUCUAGUUGCUGAUAGACCAAAAAGAUGGAGGUUUAUUUAGUGAAUUCAAGGAAGCUUUUCCUUCACGUGCUGGUUAUUUUGAUCCUCUCUCUUGAAAAUCCCGUCAAAGGUCAAAGCUGCUCUCCAUCUUGCAGCUCUCAAGGAACUUGCAUUUCAAGUGCCUGCCAUUGCAACGCAGGAUAUACUGGAAAUGGAUUAACCUGCACUGAUCAAGACGAAUGUACAUUAGGGACGCAUAACUGUGAUUCAAAUGCUGCAUGCACAAAUACUGGAGGCUCAUUCACCUGUGCUUGCAAUGCUGGUUAUACAGGAGUUGGUACAUCAUGCACAGAUCAAGACGAAUGUACAUUAGGGACGCAUAACUGUGAUUCAAAUGCUGCAUGCACAAAUACUGCAGGCUCAUUCACCUGUGCUUGCAAAAGUGGCUUUACCGGAAGUGGAACAUCAUGCACAGAUCAAGACGAAUGUACAUUAGGGACGCAUAACUGUGAUUCAAAUGCUGCAUGCACAAAUACUGCAGGCUCAUUCACCUGUGCUUGCAAAAGUGGCUUUACCGGAAGUGGAACAUCAUGCACAGAUAUAGAUGAGUGUGCAUUAGGAACGCAUAGCUGUCAUGCAAAUGCUGCAUGCACAAAUACUGGAGGCUCAUUUACCUGUGCUUGCAAUGCUGGUUAUACAGGAGUUGGUACAUCAUGCACAGAUAUCAAUGAGUGUACAUUAGGAACGCAUAGCUGUCAUGCAAAUGCUGCAUGCACAAAUACUGGAGGCUCAUUCACCUGUGCUUGCAAUGCUGGUUAUACAGGAGUUGGUACAUCAUGCACAGAUAUAGAUGAGUGUACAUUAGGGACGCAUAGCUGUCAUCCAAAUGCUGCAUGCACAAAUACUGCAGGCUCAUUCACCUGUGCUUGCAAUGCUGGUUAUAAUGGACCUGGGACAUCAUGCACAGAUAUAGAUGAGUGUGCAUUAGGAACGCAUAGCUGUCAUGCAAAUGCUGCAUGCACAAAUACUGCAGGCUCAUUCACCUGUGCUUGCAAUGCUGGUUAUACAGGAGUUGGUACAUCAUGCACAGAUAUAGAUGAGUGUGCAUUAGGAACGCAUAGCUGUCAUGCAAAUGCUGCAUGCACAAAUACUGGAGGCUCAUUCACCUGUGCUUGCAAUGCUGGUUAUACAGGAGUUGGUACAUCAUGCACAGAUAUAGAUGAGUGUGCAUUAGGAACGCAUAGCUGUCAUGGAAAUGCUGCAUGCACAAAUACUGGAGGCUCAUUCACCUGUGCUUGCAAUGCUGGUUAUACAGGAGUUGGUACAUCAUGCACAGAUAUAGAUGAGUGUACAUUAGGAACGCAUAGCUGUCAUGCAAAUGCUGCAUGCACAAAUACUGGAGGCUCAUUCACCUGUGCUUGCAAUGCUGGUUAUACAGGAGUUGGUACAUCAUGCACAGAUAUAGAUGAGUGUACAUUAGGAACGCAUAGCUGUCAUGCAAAUGCUGCAUGCACAAAUACUGGAGGCUCAUUCACCUGUGCUUGCAAUGCUGGUUAUACAGGAGUUGGUACAUCAUGCACAGAUAUCAAUGAGUGUACAUUAGGGACGCAUAACUGUGAUUCAAAUGCUGCUUGCACAAAUACUGCAGGCUCAUUCACCUGUGCUUGCAAUGUUGGUUAUACAGGAGUUGGUACAUCAUGCACAGAUAUAGAUGAGUGUACAUUGGGAAGGCAUAACUGUGAUGCAAAUGCUGCAUGCGCAAAUACUGGAGGCUCAUUCACCUGUGCUUGCAAUGCUGGUUAUACAGGAGUUGGUACAUCAUGCACAGAUAUAGAUGAGUGUGCAAUAGGAACGCAUAGCUGUCAUGCAAAUGCUGCAUGCACAAAUACUGGAGGCUCAUUCACCUGUGCUUGCAAUGCUGGUUAUACAGGAGUUGGUACAUCAUGCACAGAUAUAGAUGAGUGUGCAUUAGGAACGCAUAGCUGUCAUGGAAAUGCUGCAUGCACAAAUACUGGAGGCUCAUUCACCUGUGCUUGCAAUGCUGGUUAUACAGGAGUUGGUACAUCAUGCACAGGUACAAUACAUGUAUUGAUAGAGAUGGCAGUUUAAUAUUACAAAUAUGCAAGUCAAAGUCAUUGAUACAAAAUACAUUGA